AUGGCCACCGUUCGCUUGGGAUUGGGCGAGAACGUCUGGACCGCCACUUCCGCAGCCAACAACAGCAACAAGUUCGCUCGCACAGGCCGCUCCUCCAGCGUCAGCUCCGGCUACAACUCGCGCUCUCACUCCCGUGCCUCAUCUCGCAGCUCCCGCCGCAGCUACGUCACUCUCAUGAACGACUUCAUUGAGGAGGAGUACAUCGAGAAGUCCUCCAUCUGGGACAUCCGCGAGGAGUCCAGCGAUGACACCCGAUUCUCCGAGAACCCCAUGGCUGCUGGUGUCCUCGACGACCAGUACCUCUUCCAGUCUCUCAACAGCAUCCUCUCCGGGGAGGUCCCCCAGCCCAGGAGCGCAUCUAGCUCAGUGACCAACUCGCCUAACCCCUCCAUCUAA